AUGGAUUCUCACGAUGAGAAGCUCGGCCUCCUGCUAGACGAGGGCCAGUCUUCUCCUGCAGUCUUGCAGACCACAGAAAGCAUCAACAUCGGCGCUCCCCGGCGCUCCAGACUCUGGUCUGUCGCGCUUGCAUCGCUGUUAACGGUAAUCGCCCUGGCUUUAUGGAGUACCACGUCUUUCCGGCAUUGCCAUACUACGGGGAUAUCGCCACUUAAAAGUAUAGAGGACCGAGUCCACAAGAUUCUGAGUGACACGCCUCUGAUCGACGGCCACAAUGAUCUUCCCAUUCUUGUUCGAGCCGCGUAUGGAAACAAAAUAUAUAGCUCGGAUUUUAUCAAGCGCUUCGCAUUUGGCAAUUUGACUGGCCAUGUGGACGCCCCACGGCUGGCCGACGGUCAGGUGGGCGGUACCUUUUGGAGUGUUUUCGUUCCUUGCCCUAAAGACGGAGAGGACUUUUCCAACGAGAAUUACGCACAAAGCGUGCAAAUGACCUAUGAACAGGUCGAUGUAAUGACGAGAAUUCAGCAAGAGUUCAGCAGUAUCCUCUCGGAAUCUCCCAAUGGCACUACAGCACUAGGAGAGUUCCGUAGCGGCAAAAUCAUCUCACCCUUGGGCAUCGAGGGUUUGCACUCUAUUGGCAAUUCUCUGACACAUCUUAGAGCUUUUUACAAACUUGGUGUCAGGUACGCGACACUGACGCACAAUUGUCACAAUAUAUAUGCAGAUGCAGCCUUGGUGGAGAUUCCUGGAGGCGGAGUUAAAAAGGCGGAUCCAGUAUGGAACGGUAUCAGCGAGAAAGGGAAGAUUGUUGUCUCCGAAAUGAAUCGACUUGGCAUGAUUGUUGAUCUUUCACAUGUCAGCGAGGACACCAUGCGCGAUGUCCUCGGGGCCGGUGAAGACGAAUGGAUUGGCAGCCAAGCACCAAUUAUCUUCAGCCAUAGCUCCGCUCAUGCUCUUUGCCCGCAUCCUCGCAAUCCGACAGAUGAGAUCUUGCAGCUGGUCAAGAAGACUGAUUCUCUGGUUAUGGUCAACUUCUAUCCGCAAUUCACCAGCUGCACAGCAUCCGACCGAGAAGAUGGGCUUCCCGACUACUACCCUCCGAACGCAACUCUUUCUCAUAUUGCCAGCCACAUCAUGCAUAUCGGUGAUCUCAUUGGCUUCGACCACGUUGGCGUGGGCAGUGAUUUUGAUGGAAUAGAGUCUACCCCUGCAGGCCUCGACGAUGUUUCCAAGUAUCCAGAUCUGAUUGCUGAAUUACUCCGACGCGGGGUUAGUGAUGCAGAUGCUGCCAAGGUAGCAGGGGGAAACUUGCUCAGAGUCUGGAAGAAGGUAGACGAGGUUGCUCUCAAGUUGCAAGCUGACGGAGUAUUGCCAGCCGAAGAUGACAUUGAGCUGCCUGAGCACUGA